AUGAGUCUCAAGAAGAACUACCUGCUCGCGUACAACGCCACGCUCAUCUUCGGGUGGGCGCUGGUGCUCACAGUGGCGGCGAAGGCGUGCAUAACGCUGGGCCCCAAGCACGUGUACGAGAACGUGGAGGUGAUGCUGCUGGUGGCGCAGACCGCGGCGGUGAUGGAGGUGCUCCACGCGAUGUUCGGCAUCGCGCGAUCCCCCGUGCUGGUCACCGCGAUGCAAGUGUCCUCACGGUUGAUGGUGGUGUGGGGCGUCCUCUACGUCGCGCCCCCGUCGCGCGCGGCGUUCCUGCCUCUCGCCAACGUCGGUGGGGUCGACCUCGGCCUGGGGCUCCCGUCGCUGCUCUUCGCGUGGGGCGUCACCGAGGUUGUGCGUUACUCGUACUACUUCUUCAAGCUGCUCGGCACCGUCCCGCACGCGGUGACAUGGAUGAGGUACACGUUCUUCAUCGUGCUCUACCCUCUCGGCGUCGCGUCCGAGCUCUUCCUCACCUACUCCGGAUUCCCCCACCUGGUGAGCACCGGAGCGCUCUCGUACCCGAUGCCGAACCCGUACAACAUCUCCAUCCACUUUCCGUCCAUCGUCGUGAUGUUCUUCCUCGGGUACGUCCCGGGCUUUCCCAUGCUGUACAUGUACAUGGUGAACCAGCGCAAGAAGGUGCUCGCGCCGAAAAAGGCGAAGAGGGCGUAG